GUUAUCGUAAUCGUUGCUUGUGUUAUCGUAAGUUGUGUUAUAGGGCUGCGAUGAAACGGAUGUAAAGCGGAGUAUCCGCAAUAGAAAUAAUGAGCAAAAAGAGCCGAGUUUGGAACUUUUUCUAUAAAGAAAGCGAUACUGUCGCAAUUUGUUGCCUGUGCCACAAAAAUUAUUCACGCAAGGGUCGCGGCACAACAUGUCUCCGAAAUCAUCUGAAGAGCAAACAUCCUGCCGAAUUUCUAACGUUAUCCGAAAACGACAUCAAGUACAUGGUGAAAACGGAAAUAAAUGAUAACGCAUCCGUUCACACGAACCUGCAAUUACACGAUGCUGAUCCAUUGGAAGUUCAAACAGUAAGCGACUCAGACGAAAAGUAUGCGAGCGAUGAGAAAUUGGCUUUAAUGAUAGCCCAGCAUGAUUACUCCUUUAGCUUGAUAAACAGCGUUGGGUUUGUGAACUUUAUUAAAGUUCUACAGCCUCGAUAUGCAAUUAAUACUGUUAGUUAUUAUGAAAAUAUUCUAUGUCAAGACAUGUAUCGGCGGAUGCAAACGCAAAUGAAACAACAACUCGUCAUGUUAGAUUCUGUUUCACUGGCCACAAGCAUUUCGUGGCGAACUGGUGGCCAAGGCUUGCUUAGCUUAAGUUGUCACGGAAUUUCCAAUGACUUCCAGUAUAAGCAGUUCCACUUGAAAUGCGAAGCUCUAGAUGGACGGCACACAGAAGAUGUCGCUUGUCGCAUUCGUACCAUAAUUUCAAAUGUUUGCCAGGAGCUUCAACUACCCAAGGAGAAGAUUAGCUGCAUUAUCAGAGAUGAGGGCACCUGCAUACCUGGCUCUAUAGUAGAGUGCAAUGUUCACCUACUGAAGCUUUGUGUAAAAUAUGCGCUCGAAUCAAAUGAGCAUCUUAAGCAACUAGAUGCCAAAUGCCUUCAAAUUGCGAAACAUUUUGAGCAAUCUCCCAUAGCAUACAAUCAUUUGAAAUAUAUUCAUGAAAAGCAAUUGAAUCGCGAGCCAUUACAAUUGAUGGAACACAACCACAACCACAGCCACUUGGACUGGAACGCGAUCUUUCGUUUGAAAAGCCGCAUGCUCAGGCUUAAAGAUGCUCUCUCACUCUACGCCGAGGAAUAUAAUAUGGUAAAGAUUUAUCCAGAUGAGUGGCUGGAUAUUGAUUUAGGUCAACGAGUCAUACAGCCGAUUGAGGAAAUUGUCAAUAUUUUGAGUGGAACCUCUGCGACAGCCUCCUCAGUCAUACCUCUAAUAGCCGCACUCCGGGACUCCCUUCGGACAGAUGUCCACAAUUUUGUGUCUUCAGUGACCAUUUGCUCGUUUGCGCGAAAGCUGCUCGAGGAGCUGGAAUCGAGAUGCUCGACAAUUACUACGGAUAUCAAGUACCUGAUGGCCACGUAUUUGGAUCCGCGUUACAAACAAGCAUUUUUUACCCAUCAGGAAGCACAGUUGGUGACUGAGGAAGUAUUGGCACAGCUGUGUCGAACUCACAUCCAGCAAUGGCAGCCACCAAUGAAGAUCGCAAAAGUUGCCUCGAAUGUUAAAAACGAAUCGAAAAUCGAUUCCUUUCUUGAUAAUAUGCUCACAUUAUCCAACACGAGUACGGAGGCAUCUACAUCAUUGCAUUCGCAAUCGCAAUCGCAACUGAAAAAUCUUUUGUAUUUAUACAAUUCUGAGCCAAGGGUCGAGCGACAAAGCGAUCCAAUCACUUGGUGGCGAUCCAAUAAUAAAUACAGCGCUUUGUUUCCAAUUGUUAGGCGCUAUCUAUCCACGCCAGCCGCCAGCAUUGCUAGCGAUCGUAUUUUCGAUAUAUCUAAGAGUCUAUAUAGUGAUAUGCAAGUGGGUCUCUGUCCUGAAAAUGUUUCCAAAAUAUUAUUUAUUAAAGCAAACUUGAAAGCCCUAGAGCAAGUUUAGUUAUAUAAUAUCAAUACAGAUGAAUUUGAGGUAUUUAAAGAAAAUUUACCUUAAAUUAUGUUAGCUAUAUUGUUUAAAGAAAACAAUUAAAUUUAAGCUUUAAUAUAAACAAUAUUCACGCUCAAAAUUAUUUUGGAUUCCAAAAGGAAACAAGUGAUUGAUGUUUGUUCAUUUAUUUUUAAUUACAUAUUGAAAUAAAUUAAAUUAAAUGAAGAUAAAAAACAUUUAAAUUACCCAAAAAUGCUUUUAUCGAAGUUUUCUGAAGUUUCCUUGUUCUCAGAAAUCCUUUUAAGAUUAAUAUAGUAGAAGCUAUUCUUGUUUACUUAUUUCUUUUGAUUGUACUGUACAAAUUUUAAAGAGGAUGUUCUGAUAUGAGACGACCUAUAAUUAAGUAAUUAAAUCUAACAAGCAUGCGCUGUUCUAAUUAUUUACAAAUAUAAUUGCUCCACGAUAAAUAAUAUAAUUGAUCGCGAUAAACCAACAAACGAGAGCAAUAUAUAUAUGAAUCUGUAGAUAGAUGAAACAUCAUUAUAUUCAUAUAAAAACAGACAGAAAGACAGGAUUAUCUUUAUUAUGUAGUCUCUGAGAUUUUUUUAAAUUAAUAAUAAAAUUUGUUAUAAAGUUUUUUUUUCUAUA